AUGGAGGAAGCUGAUUUUUCGUCUCCGAUGAAGGAAACAGAAGAAACCGAGAAUGAGUUGCCUCUCCUGCUGACUUCAUCGGACGAGGAUGAAGAGGCAUCGUGGGCACUGAUUCAGCGUGCGGAUGAAGAUGAAGCAAGAGAAAAAACAGCAUCGCCACAAACAUCAAUCCCUGCUUUGAACGGACGAACAAUGGGAAUGGAGAUCGAUGAUAUAAUCGAUGACCCCCACCUCGAUUGGAACAGAGAUGUGGAUUUACGGCGCAGAGCGCGGCGGAGUUGCAAAGUAGAGGCGCCCUCGCGUAAAGACGCAGGAAGGGCUGAGUCCUGCGAAGGAGACCGCGGCGGAACAUUCCGAUACGCGGAUGUGGGUCUGCCGUCAAACUCAAAUGGCGACUGCUCAACAAACGUCUACGCGUCUUCCCAUGCCGAUCGUGACGGGAAUAGAAGGGCUAAUAAACUACAGUCAUCGUCUUUUCCUCCAAGACCUGCGGGCAUUUUUUCCGCGCUUCACCAAAAUCCUCGGACGCUAGUCGCUAUCUAUGCCUGGGUGCUUUUUCUUUCCUUGGUUGCGCAGUACUUUUGGGCGCUGUGGUUGCCGGGAGCGGCGACAACGAAUUCUUUCACGGCGGGCGAUGCUACUACACGCAUACAGAUGAAUAACCCGCAGUCGCCACAGGCUACUGCCAAUUCGGGUAGCAAGAAGUGGUGGACCGUUGACCGGCCGGACGCUGCAUGGCUUGCCGAAGUCGAAAGUCUGUGUCACAAUUAC